ACUCCGCAGCUAUCCGUUUGUGCGUCCGGUCAGCGUGUGUUACAAGGAGGUUUUACCUGCACAGUUGCUGGAAAAAUGGCGAGUUGGUGUGUCCGAGCCGUGAGACAGAGCUACUCACUCGUAGCUUCGCCUGCGCUAGUAAGAGCAUCUCCAAGAUUGUUAUGUACAGCCACCCAGCAGAAGAGUGGCCAGGGGUCAGAGGAGGAGGCUGAAAAGCCUGAGCAGGGUGCAGCAGAGAAAGCCCUGACAGAGGAGAAGACCCAGCUGGAGGAGCAACUGAAGGACAUGACAGAAAAGUACAAGCGGGCUUUAGCAGACACAGAGAACCUCAGGACGAGGAGUCAGAGGAUGAUAGAAGAUGCUAAAUUAUACGGGAUCCAGGGCUUCUGUAAAGACCUGCUAGAGGUGGCUGACAUCUUGGAGAAGGCCACAGAGAGCGUGCCCAAGGAGGAGGUGACGAGCCAGAACCCUCACCUGAAGAACCUGUACGACGGCCUGGUGAUGACCGAGGUCCAGAUCCAGAAGGUGUUCACCAAGCACGGCCUGGUCAAGCUCAACCCCGACGGCCAGAAGUUCGACCCCUACGAGCACGAGGCCCUCUUCCACGCCCCCGUGGAGGGCAAGGAGCCUGGCACUGUCGCCAUAGUAACCAAAGUGGGCUACAAGCUCCACGGUCGCACCCUUAGGCCCGCGCUGGUAGGUGUGGCCAAAGCCCCCUAGAAAUGAUGAUGUAACUGACAAAGUGGGAUUUGUUUUGUUGCCUGGGCGAUGGAUGACCUCAGGUACAGCAGACUGGUCAAGGCACCCUGACAUCCUUUUCCCACAAGUCUACCCCCACCUUAAGGUGCCUCAAAGAGACGGGAAUCCAACUGAACUGAACUUUGUGUCUGGACAAUAUCCAACAGUUUUUAAUAGAUACAUUACACUUUGUCUGGCACAGGACAGUAAAAUUUCAGUUUGUCAUCAGUCAUGUGAGUCAUUUCAGAAAAAAAAGUCACCAGAUCACAGGCAGAGGCUGUAAUGAGAGCCAUAUAUCUGAACUGGAAGAGAGGCAGUGGAAAUGUGAUGUUUCAAUUACUCAAAAAAAGUUAAAACAAAUCAUCAUAAACUCUGCUAAUUCUGAGACUUUGUUUUUUGGGUGAGCUAUGAUGUAAAACACACCCACAAAGUGAGUGGAGGUGAUUCUGAAGUGCUGGUAUCAUUCCGGACUUUUGUUUAAAGCCCAAAUAAUGUUGAACUCCUCAGUUGUUUUGUUUUUUUUUGUUUGUGAGUUUUACAUUCAUGCUGUGAAUAAAGCAUGAAAGCAUCUGAAGAAAGGUUGAGAUUUUACUUUGUACUGAUGUGGGCUUCAUAACUCUAAGUUUAACAUCUUUCUGUCGUUCAUGUGGACAUGAAGCCAGCCUCAGUCAUUGUAAUGUCCCUAUGCCACAAUUUGUAUCUGUACAGUGAUGUAACAGCUUUAUCUGUAAACUAUUAGAAUAACUACAUGUAUGGACAUCUGUCCAAACUGUCACAGCAUCAGAAUAAACUGAUCAACUUUGAAA